UCACUUCAUAUAUCUGAUGUGUCGACGUAUAAGUGACGUUUCUCAUCAAAUGCUCUUGCUCCUGCAAUGCUUUGAUUACGAGUGGCUUACCAAAAAGGACACCGCGGUUCAGGCCUUGAGAAAACGUGGCCAAGAUGAAGAGGAUGUUAAGCAGGAAUUUGUUUUUCCCAACUAUAAACGUCUUCUUAAGGAAUUAUUCCAAAUUGUUGGUGAGAAGGAGUUGGGUAUUCUCAAAUGGUUGGCCAGGACUCUGCACCAGAUUGAUAAAAUUCUAUCAAUUUCUCCGCAUGAUUUGGAUCGAAUUUUGAUGGUUUCGUCGUGGCAUACGGAGAAUGGUGUUCUUCGUGACUGGCUGAGGGACAUUUUCCCGAGAUUACAAGAUCACCCAAAGACUCCUAAGCAAGAAUUUCAUGUCGAUAAGACGUCAUCAUGCAUUCAAGGCAUUUCGUCAUUAUUCAUUAACUCCUCGUCCUACGAUCAAUUGGGAACCGGUUUAGCGCAGUUCCUUUCGAGGCAAGAUGUGAAAAUCAAGGACUGCACCACCUUGGAACCCCCGACAUUGAUGGAUAUCGAAUUUUUCCUUCUAAUUCUAUUCAUACAAAGACACUAUUAUUGUGUGACUGAUGGAGAGGCAGAAACGAUAGGCCAGAUUUUAUACUUGGAAGCGAAAGACUUUUGGAAACCGAGCGAAAGUCAUAGAAGAUUUUGGCAAACAUUAUUGCAUUUAUAUGGAAAGGUUGAUCGAGAUAAACGUGUCUACACCGGUGACAUACUAUCCAAUGAUGAAUUUUUCCAAUGCCUCUCAGAGAUUCGUGGUGAAUUUAACAUGCAAGAUUAUGAUUACGAUGAGGAUCAAAUCCAAUUUAUCCCCCUUGAGGAAAUUUCCGAGGCGGAUGAUUUGAUAGAGCAAUUGUCGUCGAUAUUCAUUGACAAUGGGAACGGUUCUAUUCAGCAAUUGGAUCAAACCAUGCAACAGUGGGAUACAUUUGACGAUUAUGUAAGUUUCCUGGACGAAAAACCGAACGACAAUAUACCGGCAUCACUAACAAAAGAUCAAAAGAGUGACGAAUUACCACCGGAGAAGAAAAAUCAAGUGGUCACAAUUGAUUUGUCAAUUGAUGAAGACUCAACGUUGUUGAUAGAUGAAUCUGAAGAAAGCGUGUUGUCUGGCGAAGAAUUUGACGAAGACUUUUUCACCCCGUCCAUGACUACCUCUGGAGAGAAUAUUGUCAAACCGGAAAGUCCCGAUAGUCGAGACAUUCAGGAUGAUGCUGAACUGGAUGAUGUCGCCGAUCUUCAAGAAGAUUCUUUGGAAAGUAGCGACGACGCGGCCGAAAAUGAUGUAAAUUUGAGCAAUGAUGAGGAUCUAAUCCUUAUUGGAAAGGGAAUGAAUAUGUCAUCCGAACCAACUUCCGCCGGCGACUCCUCAUUUAUAAAUGUGGAGCAGUCACUUGAAGAUUGGGAUGUAAGCAUUAUAAAACAGGCCGAGGAUCAAGCAGCAACAGUUCCUGACAGUGCAGAUGCAUAA